AUGUCUUACCUUGCUCAGCCCAUAGUCGGUGCGACUGGGGAAGUCGGGCUAGAGCUUCCCCACCGCCCUCCGCGCACCUACAAUCCCUCCGUCUCCGCCGAGCCGCGCGAGCCCUCGGGACCAGCCUCAGAUUGUUUCCCCUCUCCCCGCGACCGCGCGCCUCCCGCGGACGUUGUCCCCCCGCUUCCUGGUCAGCUCCACCGCCACGAGUCCGCGCCGUCCGCGCUUUCCGCCUCCGCCUGGUCCGCUCCGCGCGGAUAUCUCCGCCGCGACGCCGCGGACUUGCGCUGGCAGCAACCCCGCUGGUGGAACGCGCUGACUGCGCUGACCGCGCGAAUCCGCUUAUCCGCUUUCGCGCGGGAUUUGGCGGAAGGGGAAGCGGAGGAAUCUGAGCAGGAGUUGGGUGCGGUGAAGAUGGGUGAACCGUGGGAUUGGCGGAAGGAAUUUGAGGAGGAGGAGCUAGCUUCGCAGCAAGUCGCGGGGGGAUCCGCGCUGCUGGGGCUCGGAUUAGGCGGACUUACUGGCGCAAUCGGCGGAACCGGCGGAAGCGGCGGAAGCGGCGGAGCUAGCGGCCCUCCCGGGCGGAGAAAGUCGUCGUGGCGGGACUUGGCGGAAGCUCUGGCGGAGGCGUCGCGGAAGGUGCAGGAGGAGGUGCGGGAGUUCCGCAGCAGAGGGGGGGCGGCGGGGGAUUUCUUCCGCGUGGGCAGCUGGCUCGCGCUCGCGGGGCCGGGCGGCGGAGAGACGGACGAAUGGGUGAAGCGCGUCGGGUGCCAGGCAGCAGUGGUGGCGCUGCUGAAAGCGACUAUGGAGUUAAUCGCUCGCUCCGUCACCACUGCACCCCCUGCUACAGCCGCUACAGCUGCUACAGCUGAUAAAGCAUCCGGUAGAGCGUCAGACGCGCAUGCAACGGCACCGGGGACUGCCCCUGCUACAGCCCGCCUCACCCGCCGCAGGAGCAGCAGCAGCUACAGCAGCAGCGGCUGUAGCGAAGAAGAGGCGGAGGAGGAGUGGGGGGCGGCGGAGGAGGACGGGGAGGAGGGGUGGGAGAUGGGGAGAGUGAGGGAGAGGGCGGCGGAGGAGGAAGGGCAGAGCAGGGCGGAGGGCGGGGAAGCAGAGGGGCAGAGCAGGGCGGGCGGCAGUGGGGGCGGCAGAAGGGCCAGUAUGGGCGGCAGAGAGGCCGAUUCGGGCGGCAGUGACGCGUCCACGUGGGUUCUAUUCAGCCUGGCGCGUCUAUGCGAGCCUCUAGAGAGCUUCAUGCGCUAUGAGUUGGCACAGCAGAAGGAGCUGCAGGGCAGGGAGCAGCAGGGUGGGGGAGAGGCGGAUGGGGGGGGCAUGGACGGGUGGUUCUGGGGGAGGGCGUAUCCAGGGGCGUUUGAGGCGCUGCUGACAAUGCUCACCAUGCUGCACCGAUACUCCAUCACUGCCGCCAUCCAGGACGUGCAGCUAUUCGCCAAGGCCUCUGGGCUGGGCAACGGGCUACCCCACCCCACCCCGCUCACCCCAGCACCUCACUGCACCGCACUCCACCACCCCUCCGUCUCUCCCCUUCCCCCAUCCAGCCAGGACGUGCAGCUAUCCGCCAAGGCCUCUGGGCUGGACGGCGGGCUCCCCCACCCUCCUCAUGCCGCUCUCUCACCCACCGCCACGUCAGCAUCGCUGGCGCCACGUGGCACAUUGUCGUCUGCCCACGUGGCAGGUGCCGCCCGGCUGGCGGACAGUGACAUGGCGCUGUUCCUGCUGCUGUUCCAGAUCAUCGGCGCCGUGCGCUUCUUUGCCCCGCCCGAGGCUGUUGGCUGCGCCGCGUUCUCGGUUCUGCUGGAGGAUCAGCUGCGCCAUCUCUUCGACCAUCUCCUGAGGGCAGCGGACAUCGACGACGUGUAUCGCCAUGCCGUGAGAGCAGGGCUGCGCGCCGAGUUCCUCUCGCACUUCGGGCAGCGUGCGGGCGGGCACCUGAACUUUCGUGUGCUGCCCGGCGAGCGCCGCUUCUGGGUGCAGCUGGUGGAGCGGCAGCUGCGGGCAGCGCUGGUCCGGGAGAAAAUUUUCGAGGACUGGGCGGAGGGGGAGGGGGAGUGGGGGGGAGUGGGGGAGGGGGGAGGGGAGAGCCUGAAAGCUGAGCUGGCGGUUUUUGGGUUCUUUGUGGCGCUUGGGCGGGCGACACGACUGUUCCUCCAAUCGGAGGGCGCCAGCGAGGCGGAUGAGGGGCUGGCGACGCUGCUGACCCAUUUCGAGGGCGCAAUCAUCUUCACCUUCCCCCAGCUGGACAACAUAUCCAAGUACCAGGGCCUUGUGGAGGUCCUAAGAGAAGAGCUCGCCUGGCUGCCGCUCCUUCCCCCUCUUUCCUCCAAACGCCACCCUGACGUUGACCCCUCCUCCCUCUCGCCGCGCUCGGCACAGCGGCAGCGGCACCGGCAGCGGAGGAGGCGGCGCAGAGCGGUGCUGGUGGGUAAGGAGGUGUGCGGCAUGUGGGCGAGGGAUUGGGAGCGGCACUCCAGCUGGCUGCUGCAGCAGCCUGAGUCGCGAGCUGCUGCUUUCAUGGCACAGGGUUUGGUUCUUCUGGGGCUGUGCCUGGAGCCAUCAACCAAACACCAUGUGGCCGCAGAGGUGCCAGGCGUGCUAGUCCCCUCUUCUGACUCCGAUUCCUCCAACGAGGCCGAGAGGCGUUUAGAGGGGUCGAGAGCGGUGGAGAUGGGCGAGAUGGAGGAGGUGGAGAGGGAGGCGAGGGAGAGGGAGGAGGCGAGGAGGCGGCUGGAGAAGGAGCUGCGAGGACUCAAGGUCAUGGAGAGGGAACUCAAGGCGCUGAACCAGGUGGGGAGGAGGGUGCAGAUGGGUGCUGAUGGGUGCUAA